UCUGCCUUCUCUCUAUCGCACGCCCUCCUUUCGCAGAACAUUCAGCACGCCCUAUUCUUCUCUGGUGCCUGCAGAUGCACCUCUUCCUUCUCCUCCUUUUCCUCUCUCUCUGUCGGUCUCAGCGCCACAGACACCGCCGCCGCCUUCCCUCAUUCUCUCGCCAUCGCCUUCCCUCCUUCAUAUGGUUGAAACCCUCAUCCAUGCAGUUGAGAAAAUUGCCAAGUUGAAGAUUCCCCUGCUGAUUGGUAUUGCAUUCAAUGAAGCCAUUAUUGAAGAAAGAAAGCAAGGGAUCCAAGAAAUUCAACAACAGAUCAGUGAAGUUAAUGAGAUUUUCAAAGAUCUAGCUGUACUGGUCCAUGAUAAAGGAGCUAUAAUCAAUGAUAUUGGUUCUAACAUUGAGAACUCCCAUGCCGCAACUGUGCAAGCUACCUCCCACCUUGUGAAAGCAUCCAAGACCCAAAGAUCUAAUUCAUCUCUGACUUGUUUUCUGUUGGUGAUAUUUGGAGUCAUCCUCAUCAUUGUGAUUAUAGUUGUGGUGGCUUGAGCUGUGAUCAAAAGGAAUUAUAUAUAAAGUAUUUGAAGUGGUUGGUGGUGGUGUUUCCUUGCAAGAAGAGCUCAUCUCGGUGUCUCCUCUCCUCUCCUCUCCUUCAACUUUGAACUGGGUCUGAUGCUAAUGCCAAACGGCUCAGACUCACCUAUUGGUAUUGGAGUGGUUCGCAUCCUGGACAGUUACUAUGUAUUAAGCAUUAAGCAUAGAACAGUGGGGUAUAGAACCUGAACCCUAUCCAAGACUAGAAGCAUUAAGCAUAGAACAAGCAAACAGAUGUAUUUAUCAUUUUUUCCGUAAACUAAUGAUAUAUUUUCUCUUUUUUUCUUUUGUAAGUUUCAAAGGGUAGGGAUUUUUACA